GAUCUUGUGUUUGUUUAUAGAACCGAAAACAGUAAUAGAAGAAAACUUUGAAGGUGACCUAUUAGGACACAGACAGAUCUCUCACUUGGUCUACAGAUACAGCUCGGAUCCAAGAUUCUCUACCGUCAUGUCAAUUGCAUCGGAAAAACGAAGUGAAAAUACUGACAAGUUUCUCAUGAAAAUUAAAUUGUCACCACAGAAAUAUGAAGUGGGGAAGAAAAAGGAUUGAGUCUGACUCAAUUAAUUUUUCUCCAUCUCCAUCUCCAUAUCUAAAUUGCUUUUCAGGGUGGAGCAAGAUUGAUUUUUUUUUUUUCUUUAUAGAAGGAGUCAGUAGUCAGUGAACACAUUAAUUUACUGUCGGUACAUCUUUUACCCCUGGCCCUAAGGCUACAUACUUAUAUAUAUAUAUGCUUAUCUUAAUUUGAUUGACAUACCAUUUGAUGUACACAUGGAAAGAUAAUGAACAGUACGAACUCCUCUAGUACGAGUGACUCGUAAGUAGUUAACUAACCAUUGUCCAUGCAUAUGCUAAAUAUUCUAACUCCUAGUCCUCAAGGAUAUGAUUGUAUUAAAUACACAAGAUUGAGAUUUCUUUAGCAAUACUAUGCAGUACACACUGAAAGAGCAAUAUACAUGUACACACACACACACACAGUAGUACUAGCUAAGUGCUAGCUGGGGACAUAUUGUAUACACUCCCUAGCUAAUACGUGUGCGCCUACAAUCAAAAUAACCAAAAGUGUACCAGAAACAGAAAAGUAGUAUUAGUGAACUAUAUAUCAUUAUCUGAGUUAUAAAGAUCUUGGGAAACUCUAAUAAGAACCCUAAACUAGUUGCAUAUUACACAACUGGCCGAGACUAGCACCACAAUUUUGAGUCGACUUCCCCACGAAAUCCCCACGCAUUCACCUUUUUUCAGACAUAAAAUCAUGCUUGUAUAUAUUUCCCCUUGUGUGUGCUUACCUAACCUUGUUAUCCCUCUCAACAUCUUUCUUUCUUUCUUUUCCUUCUUUUCUCUAGUCCCUGUCCUUCAUAUUUCAAUUUCUCUAUUCCAAACCCUACCCUAUAAGCUUUAGCCCUUUACAUAAAUAUAUCUACAAAUAUUAUAUAUGGCAACUGAUCCUUAUAACCUACCCACCAAUCUGCCCCAAACUCAGCCACUAUCAGCACCAUCCUUUGACCCUAAUGCUACUACCCCAAUAGCACUUGACCCUUUAGUGUCACAGUUUGCCCCUACAAACCCAUGUGAUAAUCCUUAUUCUUGUUUUAAUAAGCCCUUAUUAGCCAUGGCGACUACUUCUUCUGCUCCUAAUAAAAGGCAUCCAUUUUAUAGAGGAAUUAGGAGCAGAAGUGGAAAAUGGGUUUCAGAAAUCCGCGAGCCACGUAAAACUACUCGCAUUUGGCUCGGUACUUUUGCAACACCUGAAAUGGCUGCUGCCGCUUAUGAUGUGGCGGCGCUUGCCCUAAAAGGUGGAGAUGCCAUUCUCAAUUUUCCAGGUUCUGUUGGUUCUUAUCCUGUUCCUGCAUCUUCUUCGUCUACUGAUAUACGUAAUGCAGCUAUUGCUGCUGCUGCGUUUAAAAGGAAUGAAAUGAACAGUCAAGAAUUAGGCCAAUUGCAGGCAAGGAUGGAUGAUCAUAACCACACCCGAACUAGUAGUACUACCAAUUUGAUGAGUACUACUGGACCUGCUAGUGAUCAAGGUUUUGUUGAUGAGGAAGCAUUGUUCCAUAUGCCAAAUUUGCUGGUGGAUAUGGCAGAAGGAAUGCUGCUUUCGCCGCCAAGAAUAACCUCUUCUGAUGACUCUCCGGGAACUUCUGACGGAGAAAAUCUAUGGAGCUAUUUUUAAUUAAUCUCUUCUAAAUUUCGACGAAUGAAUAUUAACAUGACCCAAAGAAAGAGAAAGAAAGACAAAAGAAGAUCGACAUGGCGCAACUGCAUUUCUUGAACUUUUUUUUAUGCAGAAUUUGCCUGUCUUUCAACUACACAAACUAUAUCAAAUAAAAAAAAAGAUCGAUCGUGGAGAAGGGGAAUGCAAGAAAUCAAGAUCAAACAGUACUGAUAAUAUAUACUCUACACCCACGUAGAGUUUUUGAGUUUCGAGGAUUAGUAAAUAGUGAAAGAGAGGGAGAGAGAGUUUAGGGUUUUCGUUUUCUUGUUUAUCUGUGGUCUUUUCUUUCUGGUAUUUGUGUGCAUGUAAAAUAGCUCUGCGCCUGUGCUUGCUUCUGCUAUAGUAUAUAUUUUGGCUUGGAUUUCUUUUCUUCAAGAUUAUGCAAAUAAUGUUAUCAUGUGUUCCUUUCAAUCCUUAUUUCUUAUUAAUCAAUUUAUUCCUUUUUUAAUUUUUUUUUUCUUACGUUGAUUUCUUUGUACAUAUAUGUAUAUGGUUAAUGAUUACAAAUGGCUAUUAAUGAGGAUGGACCACAGUAACCCAUUGCCAUGUGUCUUCUAUUGAACCCCUAACGAAAUUUAGUGAAAAGUGAUUAGAUAACUAACAAACUCAAAAGGUCAUUUUAUAUAUUUUUACCUUUGAUCCAUUUAAAUGUUUAAUAUUUUGACUGCUUAGUUGUUGAUUUGGACUAAUAUUGACUGAAUUCUUGCUAAUAUUUUACAUUUCAGGUCAGUUACGAUAAAAUAUUUUUUUUUCCUUUUCUAACAAUUACUGUCUUCAUAGUUAAGUUUGAGACUUGAGAACCUAAAAUUCAUUUGCAA